AUGUUAUUUGUUUCUACAGAUUCUCUCGAUGGCUUUUCUUUAAGUCUUUCCAGUAGCAAUAGCAGCAGUCCAUCUUCUUCUUCUUCUUCUAAACCAGGUACUUUAACUUUAUACCUAUCUCCAACAACAUCUACUUCUUCUACUUUAGGUUCUCUCAUCUAUGCGUUACCAAAUUCCCUUUCUACACCACUUUUUUCUGAUGAAUCUUCCAUUGAUCUAGCUACUAGAAUUGCAUCUACUUUGGCAACUAAAUUUAAACGUCCUGUUAUUGUAGGAUCUAGUAUACCUUCAAGAGCAGAUCCUACAGGGUCACUAAUAUCGCGGGUUAUUUUUUAUGUCCAACAACAACAACAACAACAACAACAACAACAGCAACAAUAG